AUGUCUGUCUCUAGGGCAGGAGCAGGCCCCAGGAGGGGGCACAGUCCGGCGCAGACUCAGGACCCCCAGCAACCCCUGGGACUCUCUGAACUCCGCCCACGGACAACCCUGCGACUCCCGACCUCGGAGGCCUGCAGCGCCCCCCGCCUGCCCCCCGCCAAUCUCCAGCCCCCUCCUCACCCCAUGAGCCUGCCGAGGCCCCCCCCGCCGCCCCCCAACACCCCCGUGCACACGGCCCCCCUGGGGCUCUCCCGGAUCCCCGGCGCCCCCUACGCGGUGGAGGUGCUGCAGGAGGGCUACAGCCAGGCGCUGCCGGACGGCUCCACCCGGGCCGACGGCUCCGUCACGCUGCUGCGGGGGCCCCGGCUCACCCUGGUGGACACGGGGGCCCUGGGGGCGGGAGCGGCUGCUGGGGCUGCUGGCGGCCCAGGGGGUGCCCCAGGGGACAUCUCCCACGUGGUCUGUACCCACGGCCACUCCGACCACGCCGGCAACCUCAACCUCUUCCCCGGGGCCACCCUGCUGGUGGGCUUCGACCUCAGCCAGGGGGAGGGGCUUUACCUGCCCCACGGCCUGGGGGGCGGCACCCCCUACCUCAUCGACCCGGGCCACGUGGAGGUGCUGCCCACGCCGGGCCACACGGCCGCCCACACCAGCGUACUGGUGCGGGGCACGGCGCUGGGCACAGUGCUGGUGGCCGGGGACCUGUUCGAGCGGGAGGGGGACGAGGGCGCCUGGCAGGCGCUGAGCGAGGACCCGGCCCGGCAGGAGCGGAGCCGCUGGCAGGCGCUGGCCCUGGCCGACGUCGUGAUCCCCGGCCACGGGCCCCCCUUCCGCGUGCUGCGGGCGGGGGGCCCCACGGCCCCCUGCGACCCACUGAGCCCCGAUUAA